AUGCUGCGUUUAGAACUCGAGCGGGCAGCCCAUUGCCUCAAAGAAGGAAAUCAUGUGGGCGCUGAUAAAAUUAUUCGUGCCCUGCAAGCUAUUGACGAUCCGUCGGUGGCCGAGUACACUAUCAACAUACUCAAGAGCGACAUUCAACAGUUAGAAGAAAAUGCCACGUACGUGCACUUCAUUGCUUUUCGGCUUCUGAGGUUUUACCUAACACGCCAGAGGGACAUGUGGGAGAAUAGUAGGAAAGAUUUGUUAAAUUUCUUCUUGGAGUAUACGCAAUCCAACAGUGAGCGGCUCCUGACUCCUGCGUGGAGACCUGUGUUGUCUGAGGCGGCUUUGGACACAGCUGUUGUGCUGAAGCUUGGUUGCUGCACCGGUGAUGUUGGUGGUGUUAACGGAACAAUCCUUUCGUGUGUCGUGUCCGAUGUUCUCUCUAUGAUGGGCGAAUGCAGGAAUGAGUCGGAACUUAUUUUUAUACGUUACGUGGUAUUGCACACUGUUGAGGAGUUUGGUCUUUACUUUCCGGCCUCUCGAGGACGUGGAAUACCGUUAAAAACUCAUCGUGCCUGUCGCUCUGCUUUUGAGCGUGACGGCUUGGUUCGUAUUCUCAGCAGUCUUUUCUUCUUUGCAGUGUGUGGCGCUGCCGAAACUCCCCGGACGGUGGAAGUUCUCUUCGGGUGCCUUACCUCCGUGGCGUCUUGGUCCCUCCACAGCUUCUUUGAAGAGGACGCCUCGGAGAAUGAGUGUGAUCGUUCCUUUAGAGUCUCGGGUGAUUUGUGGCGAUCACUACUAUUAGAUGGCGUGCCAUUACCAGAUGCUAUGGCAAGUGUUGAUGCGUUGCUUCGUAAGUGGUAUUGCGAUGGAAGUGUUUGUGGCAUUCCUUUUGAUCGUCGACCACUCGUGGAGCUGAUUCGACAAUUCUGUGGGGUUACAAUGGAUUCAUGGGAUUUAUCGGACAAGCUGCAGUACGGAAGGAGAUUUCUCUCUCUCGCAUGCUUCGUGUCGAAAGAUUUACUAAUGAACGGGGAUCAACACGAGGACACACGUGCAAUUUUCUCUCUUCCUAUUACUGGAAUCGUGGCGAUUGUGGAAAACUUGGAAGACAUAUUCAAUGAUAAAGAAAUUGUUGAUUCUUGUAUUUCUGAGCUUUCGCUGUUGGCGAGGUCUCUCAUUGAGCUAGACAAUCGAAGUCCGGACGAUGAAGGUGUUAUGGCUGCUCUCGAUGAGGCUCUGGGAGGCUUAUUUAAAAUAGCAAACAUAGCGUCUCAAUAUGGUAGCUUGUCUGGCGUGGUGAGAUCAUCAGCUUUAGAUGUAUUGAGUGCCUUUUUGGCCUCUAAGCUGUCUAACGCCCAUUCAUCUGAGUAUGUGGAUCACUUUUCCGACGCCUUUACUGCGUCGCACAUCACUCUGCUAGGGCAUGUAGGUCGGUUGGACCCAGUAAACGCUGCUGACGCCCUCUGUUUGGCGCUCGAGGUACUUCGUGGGCGAUUCGUGGAAAUGAAGGCACAAUCUGAUCCUGUGCGAAUGCAGGUUCAGGAGGGUCUCUGGAUUGUUUUAAGGACUAUUGACGCGUUUGUGGCCGACGCAUGUGAAGGCGAAGAUAUUGUGAUACCUCCGUGCUUUCUUGGGAGCGCAUGGUCAGAAUCCCACCCUGUUCUUAAGAUUGUCUUGAUGCUCAUGGGUCUGAUGCACGAGAUCAUGCAGCAAUUAUCCACGACGAGCCCAGCCGUGGUUUCGGCGUUAUUGGAGGUGUUUGGCACAUUCAUUGGAGUUUACAUCUUUACAGAAGACCAGAUCGCUUUUUUGUUUGCUCAAGGAGGUACUGGUGUGGUUUCAUAUGUUCUUCAUUCGUUACGUGUGUUCACUUUUGACGAGGAUGUUGCACUUAUGGGGUGUCGUGUGCUCGAUGGAUGCGCGAAAAACAAACCCAUGAUCUCUGCCCUGCGUUCAUGUGGACUACUGCAGAUGACGGAGGAAAUGAUCAGUUGCGGUCAGCAAUUUUAUGGAAAUGUGAGGGGGCGUCUGGCCGCCUUCUGGGUUUGCUGCGCUUCCCAAGAGGCAUUUUCAGAUCAUCUAAUGCCGAUCCUCAACACGUUUGACAUCCACACGACAGACUCCGCCUCGGUAGAUGUUGACCUGUCUCUGGAAAGAUGUGCCUCCCUAAGUGGAUUCUUCGUAUCUAUGCAAGACCGUGAGAGGCUUGUAGUGUGCUUUGGUGUUAUAAUGAAUAUGUGCGAUCACGUCCUUGGCGUGAGUUUCCACCGAUUUUAUGAAAAAGAAAUGACCAUUCGGAGCACUGAUAUGAUAAUGCAGCUUUUUCUGUCCUACUCAACAGUAGUAGGCGGGGAGCAAUUGCUGUGGCUGGUUGAGAAGGUACGCAUGACACUGAAUUCUGUCACCCGGGCGCUUUGCGAGGACCGUACGUGGUGCACUGAAAGCGCUGAAGAAGAGAAGCACCGUCUCUUAAAGGUGAUAUCUCGUCUUCUAUGUGAAGUUUCUCGGUGGAAGAUGAUGGACUGUGACCUUUCAGCAGAUGCAGUGCAGUCCCUUGGCUCGUGCGUCAUCUGUGUUCUGGCAGCUAUUCUGAACUUGAUGAAUGAACGUUGUUUGAGCUUACCUGAAUUACAAGAAUCUGUUUUUCUCGCGUUUCAGCAGUGUGCAGAGGCUUUCACUUCCGAAUUCGUCGGGAACUCGAGCUCACAAGUGUUUCUAUCAACGAUAUUUUUCGCGCUCAACUCUGAUUGCGUCGACACUCAGCGUGUUGGGACUGCUGUCGUCGACACGGUGGUGCUGUUCCUUCGAGACUCGGGGCUUCAAAGCCAUGAGCUUUUUUCAGACUUUCUCUCGACAAUUGUGCGUAGUUUUGCGUCGGGUAGACUUUCAGUGUCCUUGUCACCGCAGCUGGCACAGAAUCUCAUGACACUGUGCAGCUGUUUGCCACAGCAUCGUAUUGAACUGGUUCUGGUAGAGGCGUUGCGAGAGAAUUUGGAUCCAAACGUCUCCAUGAUACUGCGGGACAUACUCGUCAUUGUGAAGGAAUGUGUUAUGUGCGGUGUUGCGCGGCGACAACCAAUGAUUCGUGGUUUAACGGAGGCCGUUGCAGAAAGCCUCUCUAAUAUCAAGGGCGUGCUUUUCGUUUAA